UUCUCGCCUUGGUCAACAAAAUGCAAACAGCACACUCGAAAUCCAAUGUAGCUGAGUCUGUUUUAGACCUCAUUGGUGCAGUACAAAACAUCCUCGCACGCUCGCAAGUGAUUAUUCCAGACCUUGAAACUCCAUACUCCAGAUUCCCUAAUACUGAUCGUUCUACCAUCGAUCUUGGGGGCCAGAGUGUUAUCAACAUAAUUGCCACGCGCCAGCAGCAAUUGGACUCAGUUCUGCACAAGAUCUCGAGCCUGGAGGCUGUGAUGAAUAGCGUCAAAAUGCUUCAUCGACAAGUUGUCGAAAAGAGGGAGAAGAUUACGCAGUCGAUGAAUCUGCACAAAGGACUCGUAUCGACUCUCUGGCGCUUGCCAGCAGAAAUCCUUAGCCAAAUAUUUAAGCACUGUCUCCCCGAAACCAAUUUGUUAUUGUCCCCAUCGACCCUAAAAGCCCCCUUGCUGUUAACAGGGAUAUGUCGACGAUGGAGAGAGGUUGCUGUGGGUAUGCCCGAGUUAUGGUGCAGGUUGUAUGUGGAAGUCGACGACAGACACUGGGAACAGGCGGCUUUCUGUUAUGAUUCAUGGCUCAAGCGUUCACGAGGACGUCCGCUCUCAUUAGCACUCGGGCGCCACCAGUCGACCAGACUACGAAGCUUUCUCCAGCCUUACACAAGUCAAAUCACAUCUCUCCGAAUCUUUGCCCAUUCCUUCCGGGGCGAAUGGCCUGAGAUUUCUGUAACGGACUUCUCAGCACUUCAGGAGCUGGCCAUACUAGGGAUGACAAAUGCUAACAGUCCAACUUUCGCACAAUCUGUCUUACGACUGCCGUCCACCAUGCGCAGUCUCAAGUUCGUUGACAUGAGGCCGUUUUUUGACAUCGACCACUUGUCUUCCCUCAGUCCUGUAUGGGCCCACUUGACAGAUGUCCAGAUCGCUGUAUGUCACGCGAACGCAGUGCUCCAUUUGCUUCGUCUAUGUCCCAACCUCUCCUCUUUAACCCUCCGCGUAGCAUUUGAACAAAAAGAUCCCUUGACAUCAUUCACGCACACCAAAUUACAAUAUUUACGCAUCCUUCAUGACGCUUUGCUCACACGCCAUUUGUCUGAGCUCUUCAAUGCCCUGUCGCUCCCCAAUUUGCGCGCACUUGAAGCUCGCCGCAAUGCAUCUUGGCCUCAUGAGGAUACGAAAGCAUUGUUGGUACGGUCAAACUGUCCCCUGGAGACCCUUACUAUUGGUGGUCGAGUGACGAUAACAGAUGCGCAGAGGGCAGAAUACAUUUCCCUUAUUCCUUCCCUGAAAGUAAUAGUGGAUCACAGUAGUACAUACUUCUGA